CUGUGGUGCCCCGCGGCCUUUCGGAGAUGGGAGAAGUCAGAGUCCCGUUCCCAUCCCGGGCCAGUCGGCGCCCCCAGGGUCCCCGCUCCAAAUUCCCUGCUGCCGGAGGAGCCCCAGCGCAAGGGCAAGGCCGAGGAGAGAGCAGCAGCCUCAGCCCAAGAGCACAAACCAGGAGUUUCCAGAGGCAGGGCCAGGAGCCCGGCAAAGAGAGAAAGAGCGAUGGCGCGCCUUGACCCCGGAACCCCCUGUCCCGCCCUCCUGCCAAGGCUGCUCCCUCUCCUUCUCCCGCUGCUGCUCGUUGCCACCCCGGAGGCCCGAAGCCCCGAGGACGGGCCCCCGUCGCCCCGGCAGCAGCUAGAAGAUUUCCCGAAGACCCAGGUCCCCGGGGGCGAGGUGCAAUACUGCAACGUGAUGGUGGUGCGGAGGCGCGUGGUGCAGCCCAACGGCCAAUGCCAGGGCACCAGCACCUUCUUCCACGCGCCCGUGGCCUCGAUCCGCCCGUCCAUCCCCUGCCCGGGCUCCACCGGGGACCGUUGUUUCCAGAGCCCGGAGUACGCGUCCACCGACUGUUUGCUCAUGCACGGGACCGACUUCCCGCACUGCCGCUAUCUGAGCAUCCCCCGCCGGGGCAGGAUCACCAUCAGCAACUGAGCUUCCGCCCGGCAGCCCGGGCGGGGGGCGCCGAGAUCGCCCGCCUCUGCCCCAUUCCCUCCUAUGGCUCUCCAGGAUCGAUCCGGAGCGAGGGUCACCAGCACCUCCCCUCGUGGGCGUCACAACUACAUUCCCCCUUCGUAAACAUACCCCUGCUCCAUCUCCUUUUCCCUAGUCUCUCUGUCUCUGUCUCUGUCUCUGUCUCUGUCUCUGUCUCUCUCUCUCUCUCUCUCUCUCUCUCUCACACACACACACACACACACCGUUAUACUCACACUAUCACACACGCCCAGACACCUGAACGUAGACAUGAACUCUCACUCACAUACACUCUCCCCCAAGGAAGUGCUUUGGGUCUCUUCUCCCCUCUGUAGGUCCCUGUAGCAGAGGGAGGAAAGGGGGUAAGGGGGGCAGGCACUGAGAACCUUCCCUCCCUGGAAUGUGUUGUUGAAUUUCUCUGACUUCUUUGGAAUAAACAUUGAU